GUAUAAAAAACAAAUAAAAGCAGCGCAGGUGGCAGCGUUAUAGAAAAUGCGUAGGUAGAAGUUAAAAUAGGACAGUUGACAUUUGUAGCGAGAUUUAUACGUUGUUUUGAAACCCUUUUUUUGGCAUUAUUAUUUUUAAUAGGCAUUUAAUUACAUUAUUGGGCAGGCAUGGUAGACAGUGUGUACAGGACUCGUUCUCUGGGGGUAGCAGCUGUUGGUCUGCCAGAUCAGUAUGCUGACGGGAAGGCAGCGAAAGUGUGGCAGCUGUAUAUCGGAGACACCCAGAGCCGGACUGCCGAAUACAAAAGUUGGGUGCUGUCGCUUCUGAAGAAACACGGCUGUCAGAGGGUGCUGGAUGUCGCAUGCGGCACAGGGGUGGAUUCCAUCAUGCUGGUGGAGGAAGGCUUCACGGUGACUAGUGUGGAUGCCAGUGACAAGAUGCUGAAGUACGCCCUCAAAGCCAGGUGGGAGAGGAGGAAAGAAGAAUCAUUCGAUAAAUGGGUGAUUGAGGAGGCUAACUGGCUGACUUUGCCUAAAGAUGUGCAGAAGCCAGGCACAGGCUUUGACGCUGUCAUUUGCUUAGGAAACUCAUUCUCCCAUUUACCAGAUUUCAAAGGUGACCAAAGUGACCAGAAGUUGGCACUAAAAAAUAUUGCCAGUAUGGUGAAGCCAGGCGGUAUUCUGAUUAUUGACCACAGGAAUUACGACCACAUGCUGAGCACAGGCAGAGCUCCUCCAGGCAAGAAUAUUUACUACAAGAGUGACCUGACCCAGGACAUCACCACCUCAGUGCUGCUGGUGGACAACAAGCCACACAUGAUCACCCUGGACUACACCGUGCAAGUGCCACCAGAGCAAGGCGAGGAGGGUUGCCCAGAACUGAGUAAGUUCCGCCUAUCCUACUAUCCACACAAGGUGGACAGCUUCAAGGAGCUGCUGAGGAACGCCUUCCAGGGGAAGUGCGAGCAGAGCGUCCACGGAGACUUCAAGAGCUACACCCCCGGCCAGGACACCGUGCCCUGCUACUUCAUCCACGUGGUCAAGAAGACCGCCUAGAUCAGGAGGCAGACAGACAGACGGACAACUUUCUCUUACUCUGUGAAUAAUUCUAUCCAUCUGUACAUGGGCCGAGUUCGUUAACCACUCUGGGCUAACGAGCUCAAGCCCCGAGGUAAAACUAUUAGAAACCAUAGGGUUCAUUUUACAACCUCUACCCUGUCUCAACAGGUCAUUAUGCAGCACUGAGAAAUCAUCCUGAA